UGUUGUGGUGACUCCCGCCCUUGUUUUCCGAGCUGGAGACGACCUGGGGUCUCGCCGGUGGGCUCUGAUGAGUCCAGGCUGGGGUAACUUAGGCCUCGUUCCGGUGUUUGAGUGGGGGCUCACGGCGGAAGCCCCGAAAUUUGGAAUCGGGUGGCUUUUCUGACAUACCUGAACACAGGACCCCAGGGGACUUGGAGAGGAACCUGGCCUCAGAGGAGCUCUACCAUAAAAAUGAGUCCCACAGAUCCACUUGAUGAUGAAGACACAUUUAAAAUCCUGGUUGCUACUGAUAUUCAUCUUGGAUUUAUGGAGAAAGAUGCAGUUAGAGGAAAUGAUACAUUUGUGACACUUGAUGAAAUUUUAAGACUUGCCCUGGAAAAUGAAGUGGAUUUUAUUUUGUUAGGUGGUGAUCUUUUCCAUGAAAACAAGCCCUCGAGGAAAACCCUGCACAGCUGCUUGGAGUUGCUUAGGAAGUACUGUAUGGGUGAUCGCCCUGUACAGUUUGAGAUCAUCAGUGAUCAGUCAGUCAACUUUGGUUUUAGUAGGUUUCCAUGGGUGAACUAUCAGGAUGGCAAUCUCAACAUUUCCAUUCCAGUGUUUAGUAUCCAUGGCAACCAUGAUGAUCCCACAGGGGCAGAUGCCCUCUGCGCCCUGGAUAUUUUAAGCUGUGCUGGGUUUGUGAAUCACUUUGGGCGGUCCAUGUCUGUGGAGAAGAUUGACAUUAGUCCAGUUCUGCUACAGAAAGGAGGCACAAAACUCGCUCUGUACGGCUUAGGGUCCAUUCCAGAUGAAAGGCUCUAUCGGAUGUUUGUCAAUAAAAAAGUAACAAUGCUGAGACCAAAGGAAGAUGAGCACUCAUGGUUUAACUUAUUUGUGAUUCAUCAGAACAGGAGUAAACAUGGAAACACCAACUUCAUCCCAGAACAGUUUUUGGAUGACUUCAUUGACCUUGUUAUCUGGGGCCAUGAGCAUGAGUGUAAAAUUGGCCCAAUGAAAAAUGAGCAGCAGCUCUUCUAUGUGUCUCAGCCUGGAAGCUCAGUGGUGACUUCCCUUUCCCCCGGAGAAGCUGUGAAGAAACACGUGGGCUUGCUGCGCAUUAAAGGCAGGAAGAUGAACAUGCAGAAGCUGCCUCUCCGCACAGUGCGCCAGUUCUUCAUGGAGGACGUGGUUCUGGCUAACCACCCGAGCCUCUUCAACCCCGACAACCCUAAGGUGACCCAGGCCAUCCAGAGCUUCUGCUUGGAGAAGAUUGAAGGAAUGCUUGAAAAUGCUGAGCGCGAACGGCUGGGGAAUCCUCUACAGCCAGAGAAGCCUCUUAUCCGACUACGGGUGGACUACAGUGGAGGCUUUGAACCUUUCAGUGUUCUUCGCUUUAGCCAAAAAUUUGUGGAUCGCGUAGCUAACCCCAAAGAUGUCAUCCACUUUUUUAGGCACAGGGAACAAAAGGAAAAAACAGGUGAAGAGAUCAACUUUGGGAAACUUAUCACAAAACCUGCUUCGGAAGGAACGACACUCAGAGUGGAAGACCUGGUGAAGCAGUAUUUCCAGACUGCAGAGAAGAAUGUUCAGCUCUCACUGCUGACAGAAAGAGGGAUGGGUGAAGCAGUUCAAGAGUUUGUGGACAAGGAGGAGAAAGAUGCCAUCGAGGAAUUAGUGAAGUACCAGCUGGAGAAAACACAGCGGUUUCUCAAGGAACGCCAUAUCGAUGCCCAGGAAGACAAGAUCGAUGAAGAGGUCCGGCGUUUCAGAGAAAGCAGACAGAGAAAUACCAACGAAGAAGAUGAUGAAGUUCGAGAGGCCAUGAGCAGGGCCCGGGCCCUCAGAUCGCAGCAGUCAGAGAACUCCGCCUCGGCCUUCAGUGCUGAUGACCUGAGUUGUGAUGGAACAGAACAGACGGCGAAUGACUCUGACGACAGCCUGUCAGCAGUGCCGAGCAGAGGCCGGGGCCGAGGCCGAGGCCGAGGGCGAAGAGGAGGCCGAGGACAGAGCACUGCACCAAGAGGAGGGUCUCAGAGAGGCCGAGACGCUGGGCUGGAGUCGGCUGCUCGAGGCAGGGGCUCAAAGGCCACAACAUCGACGUCUAGAAAUAUGUCCAUUCUAGACGCUUUCAGAUCUACUCGACAGCAGCCUUCCAGAAACAUUACCACGAAGAAUUACUCAGAGACUAUUGAGGUGGAUGAAUCUGAUGAAGAGGACAUUUUUCCUACCAGUUCCAAGGCUGAUCAAAGGUGGCCAGGCACAACAUCUAGCAAACGGAUGUCCCAGAGCCAGACAGCCAAGGGAGUUGACUUUGAAUCAGAUGAGGAUGAUGACGACGACCCUUUCAUGAGCAGUAGUUCUCUAAGAAACAGAAGAUAAUGUUUUUAAUGGAACCUGAUUUUUGUAACACAGGCAGAAAUCGAAGCACCGCAUGCUGACUCUGCAGCUGAAGAUGUUUUAACUGUGCCGUAAGCUAAGGAGUCUGAAAAGUCAGCCGACGGGAAGCUAGUAUAUAGGGCUUAUACUUCAUUGUUUCCAAACGUGACUCCAUUAAGCCAUUUCCUAGCCCAGUGGUAAGGAGAUUGCUGCUUCUCCUUAGUCUUUAAUCUGGUUGUUGGCACCCUCUGGGGAUGCCCUGCCAUGUUGAGAAUGUUAACUUCCUGACAUAACUGUGUUUCCUGCUUGUCAGAGCUUUGCUAAAAUGCCAUUCUUGAGUGAGGAUUAGAGGAAAACCUUCCAUUCUUCAUUUCUGCUUCAUGAUCAAAGACUGUCAGCCUGUUGUGCCACAGCUAGUGGAGUUCACAGGAAAGCUCACAGACCUGGCCUUUCAUGUUGUAAUUUUUUUCCUGGAUCUCCAAAAAGCCAGGCCCUUCAGUAGAGCGGCCUGAGCCUGUGUUUGUCACCGGGUGUGGAUUUCAGCCCCUGAGAAUGGGGGCUAGAAGGACCUUGUAUUUCAAUAGUUAGUGUAAGGUGUUUGUUAAGUACAUUUCUUUCUGUUCACAUUGUAGCAGAGAUUCAGGUUAUAUUCCCAUUGAGUGGUAGUCAUUUUCUUGAUCUGUAUCAUUAAUGACACACUUUCUCUUUCUCUCUCAUAUACCUGUCAGGUGGAAAAGGAUUAGAGAAUUUUUCUGUCUUAAAAAUAUUGAAAAGCUUAAUUUAAGCAAAGCAGCCAGCUGACCUUUGUGGUUGGGUCAGACUGACAUACUGAAAUACAGCUACCUAGUAUUAAUGCCAAGCUUCCUCACCAGCAAUACUUUAUCAUGGUUUUGGCUGUUACAAAACAUCUCUGAAUAGACGAUCUGAAAACUGACUGAAACAGCUUAUAUCAAGUUUAUAUUUUCAUAUUUGUUUUAGAAAGGAAAUAAAAAUGUUACCCCUUCA